CGUGCCAUCUUUAGGUAGCGGUGUUUGUGUGUGUGUGAGCGGUGUUUGUGUGUGUGUGAGUGAGAGAGAGAGAGAGAGAGAGCUGUGUGUGUGUGUGUGCGAGCGAAAGGCAGGGAGAAUCCGGCUGCUGCCACCGAGCUGCCCGCUCCUGCUGAGGGGAAGAGGAGGAAACAUGAGCUCCAGGAAAGUCAUGGCCAUCCAGGCCAGGAAAAGGAGGCCGAAGGGGAAAAAAGACAGAACGGGUCACCAUCGGAGGCCUGAGACCCAGCAGAAAGCCCCGGUGAGUGCCCCUCCUCCCCCGCCGCCCCCUCCGCCUCCCCCUGAGCCGACAGGGCCCCCGGAGCCGGAGGAGGAGAUCCUGGGCUCCGAUGAUGAGGAGCAGGAGGACCCUGCAGACUACUGCAAAGGAGGGUACCAUCCGGUGAAGAUCGGGGACCUGUUCAACGGGAGGUACCAUGUGAUCAGGAAGCUGGGGUGGGGCCACUUCUCCACCGUAUGGCUGUGCUGGGACAUACAAGUGAAGAACUUUGUGGCGAUGAAGGUGGUGAAGAGCGCCCAGCAUUACACGGAGACGGCCUUGGAUGAGAUCAAACUGCUGCGAUGUGUGAGAGAGAGUGACCCAAGCGACCCGAACAAAGACAUGGUGGUCCAGCUGAUCGACGACUUCAAGAUCUCUGGAGUCAACGGCAUACAUGUGUGUAUGGUGUUUGAGGUGCUCGGUCACCACCUGCUGAAGUGGAUAAUUAAAUCCAACUAUCAAGGUCUGCCACUGCCCUGCGUCAAGAGCAUCAUCAGACAAGUCCUGCAGGGUCUGGACUACCUCCACGCUAAAUGUAAAAUCAUCCACACGGACAUCAAGCCUGAGAACAUCUUGAUGUGUGUAGACGAUGCCUUUGUGAGACGCAUGGCUAUGGAGGCAACUGAGUGGCAGAAAGCUGGAGCUCCCCCACCGUCUGGAUCAGCAGUUAGCACAGCCCCCCAGCUCAAACCGGCGAGUACAACAGAUGUGGGAAAGAUCUCCAAGAACAAGAAGAAGAAGCUGAAGAAGAAGCAGAAGCGACAGGCAGAGCUGCUGGAGAGGCGGAUGUUGGAAAUCGAAGCCCUGGAGAGAGAGGCGGAGAAAAAGGAGGAGAGAGCCAAAGACGGGGGAGAGAAAGGAGACCACGAACAAAACCCGCCCUCACCCAAGAAGAAGACGGCGCCGGCGAUCGGCCCGAGCAUCGCGCUGGGGGAGAGCGAUGAUGAUGAUGACGAUGAGGAGGAGGAUGAGGAGGAGGAGGGAGGAGAGAGGGAGAGGCCAAUCAGAUUGACAAAUCAUACAUGUGCGGCGCCUCCUCAGGAGCAGAGCGAGGCACCUCACAUUACUGGAGAUGACCCCGAGGCGGAGGAGGAGGAGGAGGUGAAGCCAGAGGGGAAAGAGACUGAGAAAGAGGAGAAGGAGAAAGAGGAGCCAAAGAGUGAGAUCAAAAUAGAGGAGGAGGCAGAGGCAGAAAAAGAGGUGUCUAAGGAAAAGGAGGUGGAAGAGGAGGAGGAGGAUGAAGAGGAGGAAGAGGAGGAGGAUGAUGACGAGGAUGAUGAGGAUGACGAUACGACCGCGGACCUCCUCACAGAGAGCACCUCCCCCAUCGUACCGGACAACAACAAAAACAAGUCGGCCAAAACCAACGGUCACGUUUUGUUGGGAUCUGAGGGACUGAAACCAAACCCUGGGACUCCCCUGCCUCCAUCCCCCACCCCCGAGCCUCUCCUCUGCCCCCUGGUGGAGUCAGAGCUCAGCUACACGGACAGGGAAAACUCCCUCAGUUCUGGUUACGAGUUGUAUAACGGAGAGGUGAGCGAGCAAGGGCUGACCAAUGGCUCCGAUCACCACAGGGUCAAAGUGCCCAAUUUUCCCGACCUGCCCCUGGAUCCCCUGCCGGGAAACCCCAUUCCUGUUGGAACGGCAGACAUUGGAGAAGGACCGUCACCCAACAGCCCUGCUGACCGCAGUCGCACUGUGUCGUCCUCAAGCACAGGGGACACACCCAAAGUCAGGGCCAGAGCUGCAGAUCUCCUCAUCAACCCACUAGACCCAAGAAACGCUGAGUCAAUUCGAGUCAAAAUCGCUGACCUUGGAAAUGCCUGUUGGGUGCACAAGCACUUUACAGAAGACAUCCAGACGAGACAGUACCGUUCCAUUGAAGUCCUGAUAGGAGCUGGUUACAGCACCCCUGCAGACAUCUGGAGUACUGCCUGCAUGGCCUUUGAGCUGGCGACUGGCGAUUACUUGUUUGAACCUCAUUCUGGAGAAGACUAUUCCCGUGAUGAGGACCACAUAGCCCACAUCAUAGAGCUGCUGGGCUGUAUUCCGAGGCACUUUGCGCUCUCUGGAAAAUAUUCCCGGGAGUUCUUCAACAGAAGAGACCACAUCGCUCUGAUCAUGGAGCUCCUUGGGAAGGUCCCACGCAAAGUGUUCGCUGCCGGGAAGUACAGCCGAGAGUUUUUCUCCAAGAAAGGUGAGCUGCGGCACAUCACCAAGCUGAAGCCCUGGUCCUUGUUUGACGUGCUGGUGGAGAAGUAUGGCUGGGCGCACGAAGAUGCCGGCCACUUCACCCACUUCCUCCUGCCCAUGCUGGAGAUGGUGCCUGAAAAGAGGGCCUCUGCCAGCGAAUGCCUCAACCACCCCUGGAUCAACUCGUAGCCACAAACUCUGAUCAGAAGCCCUCCUCCUCUCCCUUGUCCUACCAACAGUUAGCCCCAACUUCACCCCCUGGUGGUAGCCCUAUAGGACCAACAGCAUGGAGAGGGUAGAGACAAACUCAUUCUCUCUACCCUGUCCCACACAUCCAUUACAUGCUUAUCCGAGUAGACUCACAUUCAGCAGAAGCCCCUCAUCUUCCCCUAAAGGAAUGUAAAGACAAGCGUAUGGAGAUAACAUGACAUAGUGGUUGUGUCUUCCAGAACAUCUCCAGUAAGAAUCCGUAAAUUUGAAGAUGGAUGCUGGAAGAGAUGGGCUUUCUUCUUCUUCUUUCCUGUCAUCAAGAUGUCAGCCAACCCCUUCAAUCAUAUCUCUCCCCUCCUUAAUUCACAGUUUGAACCUGUUUGGAUCCAGUUACGGGCCACCAACAGCUGUUGAUCUUUUCAGUGAGGGGAAAGAAGAGUCAGUGACAAGCUACGAGCUCCAUCUGCCAUGACCUUUACAUAGCCAGGGCCUUAUAGACAGACAAGAGUGUUUGUUUUUGUGGAUGACAAUGAGCACAUGUUGCCUGUGCUCAAGCCUACAGAGAAUCUUCUUCUUUCUUUCCAGCCCAGGUACCGUUUCUUCUCUCCCUCACUCUGCUACGGAAGAAGCACCCACAUGGGACUAAAAAGUUUACACCCUUAUUUCUCCCACAAAACCAACCCCCUUUCCUUCCCGUUUGGGUCCCCCAUCCCGAACCCUUCCCAAACGAGCCGCAUGCUCCUGCCAGGGGGCCAACACAGAGAACUGGAGGUCAGCCAGUCCUCCAGGGGGCACCACGCUGACAGUUGCUACUCUGACAGAGACAGUGCAGGAUGAGCAAAAAAACAAGAAUACAAUCAAUUAAACAUGGAGGAGGACUGCUGGGUCUCUAAAGACUAUUUUUAAAAUGCAUGGAGGGACUGAUGGAUCAGCAUGAGCGGAUAUAACAAAUGGACAAUGGAUGCGUUAUUUUAUUCGUACAUUUCGCUGGUUUCUUUCCUGUUUCAUCACCUCUCUUGGACCUUGUGUUAGAAAGAAUUAUGUUAGGAUAUUUUGGUGCCCCGUGUGAGGACGUUUCAACCCCUUCUUCUUCUACUUCUUCAGCUUUUGACAUUCCUAAAUCUUGGUCCAUCAUUCCUGACUUCUAUUCCCAAGAGCAAUUCUGUUGAGUCCUGCUGUGUCACGUUUACCUGAUCUAGUUGGUACUAUUCCCCUUUGUUUCCCCCCUCUAGAGGAACCCUUUGAUCCCUGAGCUUCUCCAGAAAAGGGGAUGGUCACACGGAGGUUGCACUUGUCUUUGUAGAUGUCCUUCAGGGAUUUGAAAUCUUUGUACAUAGAACUGAGAUCUUGCAAUGCAGAUAAGUGACCGUGGACAAAGUUUCAACACAACAAGCAUCAUUCCAAAAAAAAAAUCUGAGGCUGCUGUUGGCAUAACUUGACUUCCUCUGAUACAGCUGUCAUAGCUCUGGCCUUGGAGGAAUGUUCAGACUGAACUGUGCCACCUGGUGGCCAAUGAGAGUACUGCAUUGCCACACACUGCUGCUGCUCUCUGUGCCAACGCUCCAAGACGUUCCACUAGAUCUCUCCACUUAAUCUCUAUUUCUGUCUCACACAGACACACAAACACAGACACACACAAAAACGCGCAUCAUCACAAUUAGUCCAGUUGCCUAUUUUUCGCAAUAAAUGAAAAAAGAUGAAUAUAAGUAAAUGGUGAGAUAUUUUUAAAAACUAUUUAAUUCAUUAAAAAAAAAAAAGAGGAACAAAGAAAACAACUUCUCUCUGGUUGUUGUGACCGUGACAGAAUCUCGUCUUAUACUGAGGUGAUUGUGUUUGUCUAAUAGAGAUGUUUUUAUUUCUUUUGUCAUUAUUAUUAUUAAUUAUUAUUAUUAUUAUUGAGAGAUUUUUUACACAGUUGUCACCUCUCCCCUCCCUCCUUACUUGAAUAGUGCUGCUCUGUCUGGGCCCUAGAUGGUGAUUAAAAAGUAAUCAACAGUUUUGCAAUAAAGGGUAUGUGAUGAGUUUUUUUUUGCACCAAAACCUCCUGAUCUCACUCUUUCAGCCAUGCUGACUGUUCUUCCUGAUGACAUUGACAGAAUUGCGUCUCUUGUCUGUGUUUUUCAUUGACAGAUUUAAUAAAAUUGUAAAUUAAUGGAUCCUCUUCCCUUGAUGUAGUGAAUUUUCUGUUGUGAAGUUUCAACAGUGAACCCGACAAGGACAGUCAGCAACUUUGGACAUCAUCAGUAAGAUUGAUUUCUUUAUUGAAAUGUUCAAAACAUAAAAGUGUUCUAACUCAGGUAAUGAGAGGUUAAAAGAGGAGGUCCGAUGUGAGUGAGAUUAUCCAAAGGCUUCAUCGAUGAUGUAGUGUGAGAGAACUUUUGUUACAGUACAUUGUGAUUCACACACUAAAGCAAAUGUGGUCCAUUAGACUUAGAUGCAAUAAAAAAACAGAGUGAUAAAACA